CAGCGCGCUGUCCACGUAGCGCUUCGAGUGAUCACGUAGGUAUACCGUAGCGUCCGUCUGUCGACGAACGACAUUCGAUAGAACGUAUUCGAGUGACGUGAACGUGAGUACCGUGUUUCCCAUUUAAUAAGUUCUACGGGAUCUCGGUCAUUUCUUUCUCGUGCAAUAUCGAAACUUGCACUCUCAAUUGUCAUGGAUCAGAUCAAGAAGCUUACCGAGCCUGGUCGCCAGUUUGCCAAGGAUAGCAUCCGCUUGGUCAAAAGAUGCACAAAGCCAGAUCGUAAAGAAUUUCAGAAGAUUGCCAUUGCUACCGCAAUCGGCUUCUGCAUAAUGGGCUUCAUAGGAUUCUUCGUUAAACUGAUCCACAUCCCAAUCAAUAACAUUAUCGUAGGCUCAUAAAUCACAAGACUCAUUCUAUUACUCUUAAGGAAAUUACUUUUAUGUCCUUCCAUAUUCUUAUUUAUAACACAAAGAUAUGUUUAUUGUAUAAUUGAUUUUUUUGAAUGAUAGGUGAGAGAUAUGUGUGCAUAAUGUUAAUGAAUUUCAUAAUAAAAUGAUUAAAAACUGC